CGCGCAAAGCACUUCGGGAAAAGCAGUGCCGAAGCACCGCAACUCGUCUCCCUUCAUGCAUCGCGACACAGCCUGAUAGGCCUCAGGGCGGAUCCCUUUGAGUGAGAUAAUGGAUAAGAAAUCGCGAUGGGCACAAGGAGAUAGUAGUAAAGUGACUACUGUUGUGGCCACACCUGGCCAGGGUCCUGAUCGCCCUCAAGAAGUCUCAUAUUCCGAUAUCAAAGUGAUCGGCAAUGGGUCCUUUGGGGUCGUGUACCAGGCCCGAUUAGCAGACUCUGGUGAGCUGGUGGCUAUCAAGAAGGUGUUACAAGAUAAACGUUUCAAGAACCGUGAGCUGCAGAUCAUGCGAAAACUGGAUCACUGCAAUAUUGUCCGCCUGCGAUAUUUCUUCUACUCGAGUGGAGAAAAGAAGGAUGAAGUUUACCUUAAUUUAGUCCUUGAUUAUGUGCCCGAAACGGUCUAUCGUGUGGCCCGCCACUUCACCAAAGCCAAACAGACCAUCCCUGUCAUCUAUGUGAAGGUAUACAUGUAUCAGUUGUUCCGCAGCCUCGCUUACAUCCAUUCUCAAGGUGUGUGUCAUCGAGACAUCAAACCUCAGAAUCUGUUGGUGGAUCCUGAUACAGCAGUACUGAAGCUUUGCGACUUCGGCAGUGCAAAGCAGCUGGUGCGAGGCGAACCAAAUGUUUCCUACAUCUGUUCUCGCUAUUACCGUGCGCCUGAGCUCAUUUUUGGAGCCACGGAUUACACCUCAAAUAUAGAUAUCUGGUCUGCUGGCUGUGUGCUGGCAGAGCUGCUCCUGGGACAGCCAAUAUUUCCUGGGGACAGUGGAGUGGAUCAGCUAGUGGAGAUCAUCAAGGUGCUGGGAACACCGACGCGAGAACAGAUACGAGAGAUGAACCCCAACUAUACAGAGUUUAAGUUUCCCCAGAUCAAAGCACAUCCAUGGAUAAAGGUGUUUAAGCCUCGCACGCCGCUAGAGGCCAUCUCGCUGUGCAGUCGCCUGCUUGAGUACACCCCAGCCACUCGCCUCUCUCCACUCGAGGCCUGUGCCAACAGUUUCUUUGACGAGCUGCGUGAGCCCAACGCUCGGUUGCCCAAUGGCCGUGAUUUGCCUCCGCUCUUCAACUUCAGCCCUGUGGAGCUGUCCAUCCAGCCGGGGUUGAAUUCCAACCUCAUUCCACCACACAUCCGGUCCCAGGCUAGCUCAGUGGGGUCGGUGUCUGGCUCUGGAACCUCGCACAGUGAGGGAAGAAUGAGCACUGACAGGAGCCAGGUCACACCAGGAGACGGCGCAGGAUCCAUUGCCAAUACGUCCUGAGGGGUCGCUGGGCCAGGGGGCAGGUCCCCUCCACUACCCCCUACCCCCAGGCCACCCACAUGGACUUCUCUGAACUGUGAAUGGUGGGGGAAAGCAAUCUUGGCCCGGGGACCAUGUGGAGGGGGAGGCCUUUUGGAGAUGAGAUGGCCACUUGGACGGGAGGGGAAGUCCCUGUCCCUCCGUAUCACUUGUGAUUUCCUCACAGGUUGUCCUCUGAUGCCUUGGCUCAGGGGGGAGAACAGAAAAGUCCCAUGGCUUGAGGGCUCCCUUCUUUGUCAAAAGUGGUUCAGGUUGGUGCCUCUGGAGAGGGGGAAGGACCGGAGAGCUGCUGUCAUCUUCCUUUCUUCCUCCUCCUCUCCCUCUGGCUAAUUCCAAGUAUGUCCUAAUUGAGUUUUAAGUUGCUCUUGUUUUUAACAUCCCCUGGGGAGGAAAAAAUGGUUUUAUUUCCAGUCUCAUGUCAUUCAUGCUUUCUGACCUCCAUCUCUGUGGCCCUUCACACUGUAUUGUUCCUUCGCCAGGUUGCCCUCCAUCUGAGACCUGUCUGCCUAUGAAACACGGAUGCUGUAUUUUUAAGCGGGUCAGUUUUAUCGCCCAAAACAUUCAGUUUGUCCCAUUCCAGUGGGGAAUCAGUGUUCUUCCCCUGGCAACGCCCAUCCCUCCCAACCUGGUCAUUUGCUUGCCAUGCCUCCACCGCAGUCUUACUGGGAACAAGAAACUCCUCUCCCCCUUGCCUUGGAUUGUAAGGGGGGCAUGGCCAACCAUUCCUUGCUCCUCCUGCGAUCCCAUCAGAGGUAGCACUGGGAUUUCUUGUGGGAAAUCCUUUUGUGUGUGUGUGUGUGUGUGUGUGUGCGUGCGUGUGUAUCUGGAACAAGCUGGUAUUAGAGCAGGCAGGAAAAUAGCAGCAGCUUGCUCUGAAUUCCGUUGCAUCUGCUCCCUAUAGCAGCUUCCUCCCCAGCACUGCAAAUCAGUUUUGUGGACCUCUGGGGGCGUAGGGUUCUAAAAGGGAACUGGAGAAGGCAAGUUUUAAUUUAAUGCCUGUUCCCUUCCUGCUGUAAAUACAUAUUUUCCUCAUCUAUAUUCCUUAAAAUGGCUUCCUUUUUCCAUUUUCCCUGUAAAUAGAUAAUUUUUUUCUUAAUGCAAUGUUGCAAUGAUUGACCCAAACCCCAUUUCCCUUUCCAUCUUCAAAUCAUCUAGGAUUGACGGUUCCCCCAGGGAGCCAGGGUGCAGCCUGUGGAUAAUUUCCCUCACCCUCAUAUUUAUCCUCUCAACACUGCCUUCCUUCCUUCCAACAUUGUGUGUUAGUUUCUUUCUUAGGUUUUUUGGCUGUGUACAGACAUCCGGUUCAAUAAAUUAUUGGCAUGAACGGAA